AGCAGCAAGAGGUCAGCCCUUUAUUGAUUCUAUUUCCAUUAGCGGCAUUGCUUGUUUAACAGAGUUUACAAUAUUUAUUUACCUGUACCUAAACUCUUUCACCUGUGCACUACAAGCAUGAUCUUUGACUGCGCGGCGCCGUUCGUCGCCAGUCAGCCGACCGGCCACCGCCACCGCCAUUUUUGCUUCAGUCCAGUUACACCCGCGUCGAGUGAACACGUGUCAGUGCCACUUUUACCGCUAAAACGAUCGUCAACAGAAAUGCAUCUGUUAAAAAGUGUUCACAUUUGAAAGUUCCCACGUCCUAUACUGUGUAAUAACACAGAUAAUAUACUUUCUGUGCGUAAAAACAGUUAAAAUUGUUUGCUAAAAAGUUAUGUUGCAAUUUCUUUUCAUCUAAAACUUUUCGAUUGGAAGAUUUGUUCUAAUCGCUAUUGUGAAUCGAUAAGUGUUGUAAACAGUGUUUUUUAGUAUUAUUUGUGUCGAAUUGGAUUCUAAUAGGACCUAAAUCGGUCCGGUGGUGAUAUUUCGCCGCUCCCAGGCGUUCUUUGGCAACAGUUUAACGCGGAGCAGACAAAAUUCGUCAAAACUGGAUCCCCACUGAAAAUAUUAGCGUCAUGGAUUCUGAGAGCCGGAGCGAGUCGGCUCUGAACAGCCCAACGGAGCCUGACGUAUCACUUGCGGCAUCCCUGACCGACCCUCUCGAGGCACACACCUUGGAGGAGGCUAGGAGGACUAUCAGAGAUCUUCGAAUGAAGUAUCGUGCUCAAGCACACCAGCUCCUGACCUGGCGCCGUGCGCACAGAACUCAAGAGGAACUAGUCACUCGCUUGCAGAAGGAGAAGGCGGAACAGCUCAAGUCCCUCUCCAGCCAACUGCUCCUCUUCGAGUCUCGCCUCGUCCGCAAACAGAAAGAGAUCACCAGCAUGCUUGCAUUGCGAGAAACUAUCAUCAUCAAACAACAGAAAGUUAUUGAGUCUCUCCAAGCCAAGUUACUCGACAAUGGUAUCGAGAUGGUACAAAAUAUCCCAGACUUCAGGGAUAUGCUCCAAGAUACUCACAUCACUGGAGACUUUGAUUCACUCAACGACUCAGAUUCCGCCGUGAUCAUGGAGGACGUCGACUUCGACAGCAGCGCCCCCCACGUGCCGCGGUUCAGGUCGGCGAACCCUGACAGCGUUACCAUAGUCCGGUCGAUAUCGGAUGCCAUAGACCCCAACCUGAAAUACAAUGUCGUGAGGCGGUCGAAUGGUUUCCUCCGUAGACCAGAGAUUCUCGAAACCGUAUACAGUGUCGAGGAAGAAGUCGACGGCGACUCCACUAAAGGUCUCAGUGCGCAGAACAGCACCGAGAAGGAGCUCAAUGAUGCUAACAAAACUGAUGAGGAGAAGUACAAGGAGACGAGUCUCCUCGCACAAAGGCGGGACAACUUCCGCAUGAGGAGCGUCGUACUCACCGCAGAGGUCAAGAGCAUAGACAACGACAAGGAGCUCAAGCCCAAGAAAGAGGUCUGGUCCUACACCUACGUGCCAAAAAGGAUGACUCCAGCGAACGAGUCUGAUGAUGAGGCCACCUCCAACGCCGAGAGCGACGAGGAGCCAGAACAGAAGUCGAACCACGUCGUCACCUACAACCGAGUGAUGUCCAACCACCGGAACGUCACCAAACCCAAAGACGUCAAGUACAAGAGGAUAAACAAAGCCAAAUCCAAGAGCCUGGAGGAGCUGCGGGGGAGGCUAAAGAACUGGGUGGAGAAGGGCAACAAGCUGUCCAACAUACCGCUAGAGCACGCGCAGAGCUACGCCUAAGACAAGUUCCUUUAGAUAAGUGCUGGAUCCUCGUCUACCGCUCAAGCAGCGACGCAUCACAUCUGAUCACAACUACAGUUGUACCACGAAAGUACAACAAAUAAGGUUGUACCCAGCUUUACAAGUAAAGCAGAACAUAUUCAAAUAUUCUUGAUACUCAAACUAUUGUAAAUAUAUUUCUUAUAUCUACCUGAAUGGAUAUUGUGCUAAACAUAAGUUAGUUGUUUUUUUUUCAUGUUUUCUAUUGUUUUUAGAACUUCUAUGCUUAUAUCUCAAAGUUUUAAAUAAUACGUAUUUAGAAUUGAUUAUCGUUGUUUAAAGUUUAAUAACAAUUGUAUACUGUAUCUCAAUGUUGUUCAUAUUGGCCUAGAUUCUAUUUAACAGAGCUUAUAAUAAAAGAAAAAUAUUCCAUUGCUUACCUUACAGGAUUUUUAAGUAGUUAUCGUAUCAUCAGCCAUUUUACAAUUAACAACUUAAGUAGUAAUCCUAAUUAGUACAAAGUAUUAUUUAAAUAAUAAUAAACCAAGUUCUGCAAACAAUAGAAAACUGAAUUGUUUCUCGCGCACGACUGAUUUUGAGUAUUUCAUUUGAAAAGACAUGAAAAUUAUAGGUUAUUUGUAAAAAAUGUUGCUUCAUUGGAAUUGAAAAUCUCCUGUGAUUUUGUGAUCAUCUUGUCAAAUUGUUUUCGCCAAUUCAUUAUAACGUAAGUUAAUAAUAAAACAGAAUAAUAAUAGUGGUUCUGAAAUAUAAUAAUUUAGAUAUUUAUUGUCUCGGUGCCAAUUAUUAAAAUAAUUUUUCUCUUAUUAAUAAAUAGUUCGUAUAUUUUCCGCUAAUAAGAUGGUCGUUUAAUAAUUAUGAUUGUCACACAGUGAUUAUUAUUUCUGUAACAAUGUAUUUUUAUUUUAUGAUUACCUAAGGGUACAUUACGUUUUAAUACAAAUAUUGUUUCAUCAAAAUAGAGAGUUGUGAUAGCACAUCCUAUAGGUACUUAACAUGUACAAAUAUAAUUGCGUUCUACAUAAAAAUACUAUGUUGAAGGUCUGCUUACAGCGUUAUUCAUAAAUCAAAAUGGUUUUAAGAUAACUGCGACAAUAUAGAACAUUUAUUUGAAUACCAAUAAUACUAAGACAUUUUAGAUAUUCUUAUACACAUCAAAUAUAGUAUAGACAAAGCAACAGAGGGAAAUCUGAAACGAAUUAAAAACAAUUUAAUUAAAGGACUCUUUUUGAAGUAAAGUUUACUAUAGUACUAAAUACAGGUCCUUUGAAUUAUUGUGACACUAAUUCGCAGUUCAGCACCUAUAAUUUCAGGACGUGUCUAUUUCGUUACAGUAAACUAUAUCAUUUCGUUGGCGGUAUAAGAAGUACUUUAGCCAAGCACGUGUAUUUCCGCUCAGCUGUUUUAAAACACGUGUUUUAUUAAAUGUAAGCACAACGUGAUUAAAAAACAUUAAACUGUAUAAUU